AUGUUGAGGCUGACGGGCCGCCACUGCUUGCUCACCCAGGUAACAUUUAUGUGGAACAACCAGGUUUGCUAUGGAAGCCAACUCCAUCUGGAGGUUUUGAAUGGUGAUGAGCAGGAGGUGUUUCAGCAACUUUCUCAAGGAGCGGAUGUCUUUGAGGCAUUCCACUACCAAGACACAUAUGGCCAGCCCAUUCACCUGGCCGCCAGCCGUGGGCACAUCGCUGUGGUGAAUGUGCUGCUUCAAAAGAACGCCAGCCUUGAAAGUCAUCUGAUGCGUGACGGCCAGAAGAUGUCUGAUGUGUUGCAUGUGGCCGUUCACAGGGAAGGCUUUGGUGGGUCCGAAGAGAUGAUUGAUUUCCUUUGUGAAAAGAAAGCUGAUAUCAUGUCAGUGAACGAUUAUCAUCAGAAUUGGACGCCUCUUCAUGUGGCUUUCCAAACGGGCAAUGAGGCAACCAUCCAAGCGGUGGCCAAGCAUGUGAAUCAGCUGAAGAAAUCUCUUCAAGAACAGUGUCCCUGGAACUUGGAUGAUGAACAAGAUAUUGACUUUCAGGAUGAUCAGCGCACACCCACUCCACUAGAGGUUGGCAUCAAGUGGAGCAAAAUGAAAACAGCAGCUUUGGCCAGAGCGGCAGAGCCCAACAUGCAGAAUUUCAAGACCUUCAUCCAUCAAGCACCCGAGUGCAUUCCCUGCUUCGCUCAGCGCCUGCAGAACCUUUGGAGCAAGGAGACCCUCACCGAGCAACUGGGUAGCAUGACCGUUGAGGACGUGGCCACCCUACUGAAUGAAUUCCCACAGGCGGCUGCCUCAGUCUUGGAGGCGGCCACGGCUGAACCUGUGGUUGAGAGCUAUGGUAGACAUCCCUUGCCUGCCAGGGUCAGCUUUGCGUUUCAGCGGAGGGUUCCAUUUCACAUACGGCCAUUGCUAUGUUUCUACACUCCGGAGUUGAAAUGGAGCUAUGAUGACUCCUGCCGGAUGGCACCGGAGUGGCAUAGAGAUUUAACAGAUGUCCGAGACAAGCCGAUGAAUGACGCCACGAUUCAAGUGUGUCACAUUCCUGACAUCAUUUCUCCGAGUUUUUUCUCUGCUGUGCUGGAUGCCCGUACAACACACCAACAGGCCCUGUUCCUUUUUAAAUGCACACCCGUGCGCGGUGCAGUUUGGUUCACUUUUUGGUACGGCUCCAUGUGGGUUGAUAUCGUCCAGACGGUGAUUUCAACAUGGGGUCUAUGCUUGUUGGUCAUCGAGACCCUGAUGGCUCAUGAGGCUUCAGUAGAGGCUGACCAGGCCUUUGUGGCCUUAACACCCAGCUUGGCGAACGGCCAGGGAAUUGUUGCAGAUUGGAUCGUUGCGAAAGGUAUCGUGGAUGGCUUUCUGGAGGCGGUGCAGUUUGUGGUGUGCUGUCGUACUGACCCAGCUUCGUACUGUCGUUUGGGCAAUCUUUGGGACCUGAUUCGAAGCUUCCUGCCGAUUCUGCUGUUGUGGCAGCACCAGUCGCGCUGGCUUCAAUGUUUGAUCAUUCUGAUUUAUUGGAUGCGAUUGCUUGAAGGCGUCUCGUUGUCCAGGCAAAUUGGUCUGGCAUUGUUGCCCCUGAAAAAGUUGGCUCAUGGAUUGCUUCCGGCCAUGAGUUUCACUGUCCUGGGAUUUUGUGCUUUUUCUCACGCCAUGUGUGCGGUUCAAGUGACCCCUGAGCACUUGUGGCCGCACACUUUUUGGUACAGCUUUACCACGCUGAUAACGCAAGGGUUGCCGGAGCAACCGCCAGAUGACUACCUUGAAUUGAUGUUGCUCUAUGGAGGCGUUCUCUUUUUCUCCAUAUUUGUGAUGAACAUUUUCAUCGGAGUGAUCAGUGAACAGUACGCUUCAGAGAAGGAGCAAGGGGACGUGAUGUUUGAACGGGUACGAGCGCAUUCCUGCCUCAACUAUCUCACGCGUAUCAGUUUGCUCCCCUGCAAUUUGCUCACAUCACGAGCUGCAGCGCUGCUGGCCUUCGGAGCCACCGCUUUGACUUUAGCACUACAGCUUUGGGUCCUUUUCUACGGCAGCCCAAUGCCAGGAUUUUGGCAGUUGGCAGCCUUGAUUGUUUCGCAAGUGGUACUCUUCAUGGCUUCCAUUCAGUGCAAGGGCAAGAACUAUCCAUGGAGCGAGCAUGAUGGUGGUAGGAGGUACCUCUGGAUCUGCGAGCCCUGCGAGCCCAGCGAGUCGGAUGCCGCCGAGCCCUGGAGCCAGGUGGAAGUCGUUAAAAAAGCCUUGGAGCGACUGGAUGCGAAACUGGACAAUCUUCAGGACGAGAUCAUGAAGCGAGUCCAGAGGGCUUUGAGAGAAGGGCGGACGUCUCCCGCGCCCUCAGUUUCCUAA